UAGCAUGUGGUCUGGACCGCAUAGUACAAACUCCUUGAUCUUCUUGGAUUUCUUCCAAGGUUGACCCUAUCAGUAAUCUUGCUCUCACUCUCCCGUGCCCUAAAAGCGGCUCCGAUCUCGAAGGCUGAUUUUGCUUAGUGUUUCGAUUGGCCCGCGAUCAUCGAUUAUGCAAUCUAGACACUGGCCAAUAUCUCAGCCUAGAUUAAUCCCUUGCGGGCCUUGGUCAAAUAGUAUGCCCCUACCAGACGACUAGUAUGUGCUUGAAGGACAGCAAAACGCUGGAUCCUUCGACCCUCCCUCACAAAGCGUUCAGCUGUCAUCUGUCCGCACCAAGACGAAUCAUGCACGGCUACCGUCGUAGAAAUUUCCAACCAAUCCUAUUGUCCGCAUGCAUCCAAUUAUCCAAUGUCCCCACACUCCUGCCACUUGUUGCAAUGUAGUAUCGUC